UACACGGUCACGUGAUACUCCGCGGCCUACUCAUUUCUCCGAUGUAUCCCAAAAAUCAAAGUCCCAAGCUCGGGACGCAGCAACCGAGCCAUUCGGGUCCGCUGAACGAUCAAGGGACAAUUAUCCUUCUUCAUCGUCUACGUCUUUUCUUUUUUCGCUGUUUUAUAAUUCUCCCUUCAUCAGUUGUUUCCGUGUUCGCAGGUUGGUGCUGAGACCUGCUUUUGCAUCCGCCCAUCAUGGUGAACCUUUUCAAGCGGAUGCGGAAGUUGAGGAGUAAGAUCCUUCAUGUCCGCGUCGGCCCCGGUGCCGCCAUCCUCCCCUCCACCAACAACGCAUCAAAAGACUUCCCAGCCGUCACCCGCCUCCACCUGACCUAUGCCCGCAAGCUGUACGGCGGCCACCUGGGCGCGCGCCAUUUCUGGCGCAACUGCCUCCAGCGCCUCAAGUUCUAUAACCCCGGCAUUCCCAUGAGCGUCAAGCAGACCGACGAGCAGAACGGACCCGCAGCCCUGACGAUCUACUUCGCAGAGCGAGCGAGCGCCGCAGCGCUGAAACACUCCGCCCACAUCAAAGACCAAUACGCUCCCGCGCCGCAGCCGAAUGAGAAGACAGCCAUCAUCGACACCAAGGAUCUCGACUACAAGCAGAUCUGGCAGAAGGUGCAGGAAGCGACGGGCGCGCAGGAAGUGAAGGCCACGCCGGAGGAAGAGGAAGAAUUGAAGAAACUCGAGCAGAUGCGAAUCAAGUCGGAAGAGGACCGGGCGCGUGUUAUUGGUAUUCGACAAGCGAAGAAGGAUCAGGAGCGUAUGCUCCAGGAGGCCAGAGGAGAGGUGGAGAGGUUGAGACAGAUGUGAUUUUUUUUUGAUCAUGUUGGAUUAUUCGGAUUCGAAUUUCCCGCUGUUUCGAGUCCCCUCAAUCUUUCCCCUUUUUCGCCAUCCUCG